AUAAGGUGAAAUAAACUAAGUAUAGUAAAUAAUCUUCAUGUUUUGUGUACAUAAAGAAGAAGUUGACACAAUUCUGGUUGGCCCUAAAAGAAACUGAAACAUUCAGGAGACAUGGAUGCCUCAACCAAAUUCAAGAGUGGCAGAAUCGUCUUCCUCCUCCUAACAGGAAGCUUCUUCGCCCUCAUUUUUGCAGAGGUUCACAUCAGCGUCAAGAACCGGCUGGGGAGCGGCAAGAACAUGACCCUCCAUUGCCAGUCCAAAGACGACGAUCUGGGUGAGCGGACUGUUGCAGAUGGAGAUGAAUUCGGGUGGGAUUUCAAUGCGAAUGUGUGGGGCACCACUCUGUAUUACUGUGACAUGGGAUGGGAAAAUUUGCAGGAUUACCAUUUUGAUGCGUAUUCGCACGCUAGAGACUGGGCUCGAUGCGAAACGCAGUGCUUGUGGCUUGUCUCUGAGGAGGGAAUGUAUGGCUUGAAUGGGCAAACUGGGUUUUGGAGUACAUUUACCAGUGGCCAAGUUGACAAGAUUUGAACUCAGUUUGGAUAUUUCAUUUCACAUAGAAUUGUCUGAAUGUCCCAACAUCAUAUGUAAUGCUUCUUCUUCCUUUGAAAGAACA